AUGAAAAGAAGUGCGUUUUGUCUGACAUUUGUUUUGCUGGCAGUUGGCCUAGUGGCCAACUGCGUUAAGAUUGAACUAGAAAACCUGCCUGAACGAUGCGACUUUCGCAAGUGUACAGCGCCUGAUCCAAAGAGGCUGAACGUGCAUCUAAUUCCUCAUUCUCAUGACGACGUCGGAUGGCUGAAGUCAGUCGAUCAGUACUUCUACGGCUCCCGAUCAAACAUCCAGAAAGCAGGCGUCCAGUACACUAUUGACUCGGUCAUCGAGGAGCUGAUUCGCGACAAGGACCGCCGCUUCAUUCAAGUGGAGACGGCCUUCUUUUGGAUGUGGUGGCAGGAGCAGGGCGAGGAACAACGGUCAAUCGUCCGAGAGCUGGUCAAGUCGGGUCAACUGGAGUUCAUCGGCGGCGGCUGGUCGAUGAACGACGAGGCCACCACAACUUACCUGUCCACCAUCGACCAGAUGACCUGGGGCCACCGACGACUGGUGGACACCUUUGGUCGGUGUGCCGUGCCAAAGGUCGCCUGGCAGCUGGACCCUUUCGGCCACUCAAAGGAGAUGGCCGCUCUCUUUGCCGGCAUGGGCUUCGAUGCGCUCUUCUUUGCCCGCCAGGACUACCAGGACAUUGCCCAGCGGGUGAAGACCAACACUCUGGAGCACAUGUGGCAGGCGAGCGAGGAGCUCGGUACUAGAGGCGACCUGCUGACGGGCAUGAUGAAGGAUCACUACGGCCCGCUGCCCGGUCUCCGCUGGGACCUGGUGGACAACGACGACGACCCGAUCGUCGACAACACCGACUCGGAGGAGUACAAUCUGGUGCGCUUUCUGGAAACUUUUGAAAAGAACGCCAACGCCUACGCCGUCGGCUACCCAACGCGGAACAUCCUCAUUCCGAUGGGAGAGGACUUUCAGUACAUGGCCGCCCAUCCCUUCUACAAGAACAUGGACAAGCUAAUUCACUGGAUGGCUCACUCCACUAAGUUCAAGGUCUUCUACUCGACGCCGAGCUGCUACGCAAAGGCCCUCUCCGAUGCGGCCAAUGUCACCUUCGCCUCAAAAACUGACGACUUCUUUCCCUACGCCAGCGACCCGCACAGCUACUGGACGGGCUACUUUACCUCACGAGCAGCCUUGAAGUUGCAGGAGCGGGUCGGUGCAAGCAUUCUGCAAACGGGAAAAAUCGUCGAGGUCCUCUCCAAGCCGCCGCACACCUUCAAGCGGCAGCUGAUUGCCCUCAAGGAGGAGAUGGGCAUCAUGCAGCACCACGACGCUGUGGCCGGCACUGAGAAACAGCACGUCUCCGAUGACUACUCAAAACGACUGACCAAGGCCGUUUCCGGCGUUCAGCAGGGCAUCGCCCAGGCACUCCGCGUUCUCUACAAUGGCACCGCCGUCGGUGGCACCUUCUGUCCGCAGCUGAACGCCAGCAGCUGUCCAAUUACCGAAACGGCGGCCAACUUUACCGUGACGCUGAUCAACCCGCUGGCGAUGGAGCUGGCCAACCAGACGGUGCGCUUUCCGGUGAAGGAGGGCGUCCGGUACACGGUCACCGAUCUGGCGACGCCUUCAGCCAAGAUUCCCUUUGCAGUGGUGGACAUUCCGGAGCCGGUGCAGAAGUUGGCGGAGAGGAAAGGAGGAAAAUCCAAGGUCGAACUGGUAGUCCGGCUUCCCUUGAUUCCACCGCUAAGCCUGGUAAACCUUGCCGUCCAGGAGGUGGUGGGAAAGCAGGAGGUAUCGCAAAAAAAGACCUCCGCCGCAAACGCCGUCCUCAAGGGCCGACACAUGUCGGUGCACUUUGACGACAAGGGGGCGAUUUCUAAGGUGACGCUGGCCGAUGGAACAACCUCGGUCAGCUUCAAAAAUGAGUUCCACUUCUACAAGGGCAUUGAGGAUCGGGCACGCAACUCGGGCGCUUACAUCUUCCGCCCUGCAGAGCAGAAGCCAACGCCGGCGGCCCACGUCGUCGAGGCGACGCUGCACGGCACCGCGGAGUUCACCGAAGUCCACCAGACCUUCUCCGUGGACUGGAUCAGCCAGGUGGUUCGACUGGUGCCCAGUGUUGACGGCACCGAGGACGUGCUGGAGUUUGAGUGGAUCGUCGGGCCGAUCCCGGUGGCGGUGGACCACAUCGGCAAGGAGCUGGUCACCCGGUACGUCACCGACCUGAACUCGGGCAACCGCUUCAAGACGGACGCCAACGCGCGACAGCUGCUCACCCGUCAGGUAGACUUCCGACCGAGCUGGAAACUCGAGGUCACCGAACCGGUGUCGGGCAACUACUACCCGGUCAACUCGAUGAUCGUCCUGGAGGACGCCCAGAAGAAGCUCUCCAUGGCUGUCCUGGUAGAUCGCUCUCAGGGCGGCACCAGCAUGGCGCCGGGCGUCGCCGAGCUGAUGCUCCACCGACGCCUGCUCCACGACGACGGCAAGGGCGUCGGUGAGCCGCUCAGCGAGCCGGGCGUCGACGGCCGCGGCCUGGUCGUUCGAGGUCGUCACCAGGUGGUGAUCGCCCCCACCG